UCCAUCAGGUCACAUUCUGUCUGGGACUCUAACCAGCGCCACUGAGACUCUAGCGAUCCUCCUGUUACGGACCCGGACCAGCCAUGAAUCGGUUUUCUUCUGUGUUUGUCCUGAUACUACUGACGGCUGUUAUCGCGGUGAUUGCUAGCUCUAAAGACAAUCUGGUAAGAAAAAGAAGAGAAUGGAUUCUCCCUCCAAAGCCGCUGAAGGAAAAUGAAGACUACACUAAACUGGACUUCAUUGCUAAGAUUCGGUCAGAUGUUGGAUCUUUGGAUGAGAUUGAAUACUCCCUAGAAGGCAUCGGUGCGAAUCAGAAGCCUUUCAAUGUGUUCGUAGUCGACCCUAACACUGGAUUCAUUCGUGUGACCCAAAAGCUCGACAGGGAGAUGAUCGACACGUACAUUCUGUCAGGUGUUGCUAAGUACAGAGAUGGCAGACACGCAGAGCAAAAAAUUGACAUACGGAUCAAGGUUGUGGAUGUCAACGACAACAAGCCAGUGUUUGGAGAAAUGAAGCCCGGGAGUGUGAGUGAGCGCAGUGCUGUCGGGACUUCAGUGAUGAAAAUAACUGCAACCGAUGCUGACGAACCAGGGAACCAGAACUCUCAAAUCGCCUAUACCAUCAUAGAACAGAUCCCAGCUCAUGACAUGUUCUCCGUGUCCAAAGAUGGGACUGUCAAGGUCAAAAACUCUGGCCUGGACAGAGAGACAACAGAUCACUACACUCUGAAGGUAAAAGGUCAAGACUUAAAUGGCGGCCCAGGGGGAAACAGUGCAAUCAGCACGUUUACCAUUAAUGUCCAAGAUGUGAACGACAACCUUCCCACUCUGGAAAAACAGAAGUAUGAGGGCAGCAUUGAGGAGAACACACAGAAUAAUGAGGUGAUGAGGUUCAAAGCAGAAGACCUGGACCUGAAGGGCACAGAGAACUGGAGAGCUGUGUUUGACAUUGUCAAAGGCAACGAGGCGGGGUACUUCAGCAUUACAACAGACCCAGUGACCAACGAGGGCAUCCUGAUGCUCGACAAGGCUGUGGAUUAUGAGGAUGUGAAGGACCUUGACCUAGGAAUAGCUGUGAGGAACGAGGCUUCGUUUUAUGAUGGAUCAAGUGGAUCUGGGGGAGGAGGUGGAUCUGGGGGAGGAGGUGGAUCUGGGGGAGGAGGUGGAUCUGGGGUAGGAGGUGGAUCUGGGGGAGGAGGUGGAUCUGGGGGAGGAGGUGGAUCUGGGGGAGGAGGUGGAUCUGGGGGAUCAUCAUCGGGGACCAAUAUUAAAACCUAUCCAGUCAAAAUCAAAGUAAAGAACCAGCCCGAAGGGCCAAGUUUCGAUCCCAAAGUGAAAGCCAUUCCCAUCUCAGAGGGAGGCAGCUCCUUCAACAUGAAUGAUGUUAUUGCCACCUACACGGCAAUAGAUGGAGACACUGGGAAAACGGCAGAGAAUGUCAGGUAUGCCAAGGGCUCGGACCCUGACAACUGGCUAACCAUCGACCCAAAGACAGCUGAGAUCAAACUGAACAAGAUGCCUGAUAGAGAAUCUCCAUACCUGGUCAAUGGGACAUACAUAGCUAAAGUGCUCUGCAUCACAGACGACAUGCCUGCUAAAACAGCCACUGGCACAGUCGCCAUCCAGGUGGAGGAUUUUAAUGACAACUGCCCCACCCUGACCAGCAACAUCAAGACCAUCUGUACCCCGGCUGAUGCAGUCAUUGUGAUUGCUAGAGAUGAGGAUUCUUCCCCGAAUGGGCCUCCGUUUGACUUUGCCAUCAUCCCAGAGGAAACUCAGGGCAAAUGGCAGGUGGAGCAUUUAAAUGAAACUGGAGCUAUCCUGAGGGCCCUGGGGCCCAUAUGGCCUGGCUCCUAUGAGGUGACCUUUAUGGUGAAGGACCAGCAGGGAAAGGCCUGUCCAGAGCCACAGAAGGCGUCGGUCCAAGUUUGUACCUGUGAGGACGGGGUGGUGUGUGGAAAACGAGGCGCCGACGGUCAGCCCAGCAGGGGAGCGGAGUUAGGACCCGCAGGCAUCGGACUGCUUUUCCUGGGCCUGCUGCUGCUACUACUCGGCCUUCUGUUGCUGCUCUUCUGCAACUGUGGGGGUGGGUCAGGGAGCUUCGCUGAGAUACCUUUCGGUGCCAAAUCACACCUCAUUAACUACCACACUGAGGGCCAGGGGGAGAACACGGCGGUGCCACUCCUGAACAUGCCAACACAAAUAGAUGGUGGAAAUAAGGCCAACAUGGAUAGGGGCAUAGAUACGGGCAUGGAUACGGCCAUUAGUAGCUCAGUGAUAGGUUGGGGCACCCAGAAACCCGUAAACUCCGUGAAUGUGGUGAACGGAGCCAACCAAUAUGAUGUCUAUGGAAGAAGUGGCUACACAGAACGAACAUUGGAUAUGAACCAGUUCUCUGAGAGUGGGGGCAGAGAUUCCAGAGUAGGUGGAGGAAUGUAUGACGGCAUGGCUCUGCCAGACCACUUCCUGGGACAGUACUACUCUCAGAAGGUGGCCAGUGGAAACGAGAACCUUGGAGUGAAGGACGGUCUUCUGGUCUAUGACUACGAGGGCCAGGGCUCCUCUGCUGGCUCAGUGGGCUGCUGCAGCCUCCUGGAGUCUGACAAUGACCUGCACUUCCUCGAUGACCUCGGGACCAAGUUCAAGACCCUGGCUGAAGUGUGCGGAGGCAAGAAGAUCCCAACCGAAGUCAAACAAGUGUUCACUCUUCCGCCCAGUGCUUCCAUCAACACUCAGACCUCAGUAUCAAGUUUGAUGUCCACCCAACAGCAGGCCCUUCCACCAAAGCAGCCCACCGUCACCCAGACUGUGGUCAGUGAUUCAUCUGAGCAUUCUCAGGUGAUCAAGGAAAGCACGGCCACAGUGAAAGAAGGGAUGACCACAGUGAGGAAUGGGGGUACUAUGGUGAAUCAAGGCCAGAUGCUGCUGCUGCAGCCGCAGCAGCAGCAGCCCAUCUACUACACCACCAGCCCUAUGAUGCAGCCGACACACUUCGUAGUCCAGCCACAGGUUCAGAACACCGUCCUGCUGGCAGAAGCACCAGCCACCAACCUGCAGGGCAUGGUACUGGUUAACGGCACCCAGACUGGACCUGCCCAAGGCAUGGUUGUUCAGGGGCAGACUGUGAUGUCCAGCGGACAAGCCCAGGGCUCCCACAUGGUGCUGGUGGACAGGAGUGGAAUUCAGGGGGGCGGUGCCAACCUGAUCCACACUGGGAACCUCUCUGGCUCCCAGACCAUGAUCAUGGUGGAGGGCAAAGUCCCUGCAGGGUCAAUGAGCUACGUGCAGGGGGGUACUCUGCAGCCAGGAGGGCUUUCGGGAUCCCAGAGGGUCCUGGUGGUCGGAGGGUCAACAAGCAGUGGAGGGCCUCUGGUCCAGGAGGCAGGAGGUCUGUCCCAGAAGAGUGGCGUCUCUGGCUCUCAAAGAUUCCUCUCCAGCAAGGGAAGCACAUCCGCUGGGUCUCAGAGCACCGUGGUGGGCUCCUCUACCACCACAGUAAAUUCAUCCCCCACCUACCGCAAGGUGGUGGUGAAGAAGACCAGAGAAAGACACUGAAUGAGAGACUGUCAGGACCUUUCCAUGCUGAUGAGUGUUCCAUUGGCUUGGUGCUGGUGGUGAUGGGAUGCUUGUGGGACACAACUAAUGCAAGACAGCUAAUGGAGAGAGGGCAGGUUCCCCAUAUACCCUCCCUUAAAUUUGACAGCACAAUUCUCAAAAAAAGUUUGUCAAUCCCAAAUGAGCACACACUGCAGCACAGCUAUCUUCAGACACCCCCACUCCCACCCGUUAAAAAAAAAAAAAAAGCAUUACAUUCUCUUACUUUGUUAUUCUUCUUUACCGGCAGCUCCAUAGCUCACUCUGUCGGUCCGUAAAAAUUUCCCCACCAGAUUUGGUCCUUGGAGGCUGAAAUCUGUCAUGGAGGUCAAGUGUGUGGGCAUGGAGGUGCGUUUGUGUUAAUGCCAAUCGGCAAACAAAAGGUGUCAGUGAGAGUGGUCUGUAGCAAAAAGGCACGUAUCUUCUGAACAGAUUCACGUUCCAUGGCCAAACUCAAGAAUUGUUUGUCCUAUACGGCUGUGGGAUGCAUCAAUGAUCUCAGAAGAGCUACUCUUUCAUCGGUGUGGGUAGGCCCUGCCCCCCUGUACAUAAGCCACGCCCUCUUCCAUAACUCACAAACCAUUUCUGUAAGACGCUUGUUUUGGAUGUGUGGGUGCAUGCACGUAUUGCGGAUUCACUUUUUUGUCACUUCUGCCUUGUGUUCCUGCACCUCUCUCUGCAGUGACACAGAAUCAGGUUUCCUCAGGUUUCGUGUAAUGUCUCUUGCUCAAUUAUCUCUUGUAUCAUAUGCUGUUAUGUUGUUUUUUCAAGUUUUUAAUAAAACCAUCUUGUCCUUCAUA